CUUUGAACUUCGCUUUCUGGCCUUAGACUACAAUCAAAACAAUAUCCUCUGAGUUGAUAUUGUUUAAGCUUGAACCCCAAGCUACCAAAACCCCUACUCUUCCCCUUCGAUUCCGGUAGUAAGUAGCAAUGGAAGCUGAUGGUCAGAGACUUUACUCUGUUCUCACGAGAGAAGAAGUUGGUGAGAAGAUGAUGAAGCAAAUCGAACAGAUCUCGGAAGUCUUCUCGGUGUCGAAGUCCGAUGCAGCCGUAAUCCUCAACCAUGUCAAAUGGAACUCGUUUCGGGCUUCAGAUCGGUUGGGUGACAACAAGGAGAAAUUUCUGGCGGAACUAGGGCUGGUAAGAGUUUUGAAUUCGAGUUCUUCUUCUGCAGGUCGUAAGACCCAUUCUGAUGGCGAUUACGAUAGUGAGCUUCUUAAAUCUUUCAUGGAUGAGACCAAAGUGAAAUGGUGUCCAUCCCCGGGGUGCAACUACGCCCUCGAGCGUGAAGAUGAUGAUGAGUCAUCUGUUUGUUUUGGCAUGGUGUGUCUGUGCGGACACACCUUCGGCUGGAGGUGCGGGCGAGAGUCCCACCGACCAGCAACUUGCAAGCAGGCGGAAUCCUGGCCAACGCAGUUGGAUGCAUUAAAGAACGAUGCUUGGGUCUCUGAAAACACCAAACGUUGUCCUGGUUGCAACUUUGCCGUGCAGCGGGACGGUGACCCUGAUUUGAAACUCAUAACUUGUGUCUGCGGUUGCGACUUCUGUUGGUGUUGCUUCCGAUCGAAGGAAGCCCACAACGGCAAGUGGAACUGCCGUGACGUAUCCGCGUCACCGAAAAGGAAGCGCGGGAGAGAGGAUAAUGAGUUCACUUACCUGCGUCAGUGGGAGAAACUUGAAGAAGAAUGGGAGAAAUCCAAGACCGAGUUCGAAUCCAUCGAGGAGAAUGGCAUUCCAGGUCUAAGCGACGAAGACGCAAGUGUUUUAAGAGAAGCGAUGCUGGUGGUGGUCCAAUGCAGACUCGUGCUCAAGUGGAGCUGUGUCUUCGAAUAUAACAUACCUGAUGACCAAAUCGGCAGGAAGCAGUACGUGAAGGAACGUCGAGGAGAUGCUACCAAAAUUCUAGUUAAGCACAGCGAUACUCUCCAAAAAGAGAUGAACCAAGCUCUCUCAUCUGAAGAUUUCAGUUAUUUCAAGGUCAGAGUGUCUAACAGCACAGCAACCACCGGUGAGUACUUCCAUAGUUUUGUCGAGUUACUUGACAAGGUUCCUGAAGUUAAGCUUCUGAUAACAGCAACACUGCAAGUGUCGCAAGUGCUCAUCAGCAAGUCCCAAACAAUCAAGGAGAAACCAAUCCAUGAGAGUGAUGCCAUGGAAGCCGAUGGGCAGAGACUCUACUCCGUUCUUACGAGAACAGAGGUUCGCGAGAAGAUGAUGAAGGAAAUCGCCCAGAUCUCGGACGUCUUUUCGCUGUCACAAUCCGACGCAACCGUGAUCCUAAUCCGUCUCCGUUGGAACUCGUUCAAGGCUUCAGAUCUUUUGGGCGACGACAAGGAGAAGUUUCUGGCGGAAUUAGGGUUGAUUAAAGAUUUCGGUUCCGAUCAAAACGAAUCGAAUUCUUCCUCUGUAGAUCAUGAUAUGAACGAUCCCGAUGGCGAUGGGAAUGAUCUUGUCUCCACUCCCUUUUGCUCACACAAGUUUCUCACAACUUACUGGAGAGAUUAUCUCAUCGAAUCUCUGGAGAAGAAGAAGAAGAACAGUAAAAAUGAGGACGAGAGCGUAAUAGUAAUAUCUUGCAUCAACCAAGACUGUGUCGCUUCCGUUGGACCUGAUACGAUCGAAAAACUCACAGAGCCAGUGCAGGCGAUGUACGAGAGUUACCUUCUGGAAUCUUUCAUGGAGAGUAACAAGGAAUCGAUCAAAUGGUGUCCUGCGACUGAGUGCGAUUACGCCAUAGAGCGUCAUGGGGAUCUGAUUGAAGAUGAUGAUGAUGAGUCAUCUCUUGGUUUCGGUGUGGUGUGUCUGUGUGGUCACACCUUCUGUUGGAGUUGCCAGCUCGAGUCACACCGACCCGUGACUUGCAACAAUGCUUCCCUUUGGUGCUCUGACCUCUUAGAUCGAUCAAAGACCCGUUUAUGGAUCGCUAGAAACACCAAACGUUGUCCUACUUGCAGCAGUCUCGUGCAGCGAAACCGUGACCCUUAUUUGAGAUUCGUAAUUUGUACCUGCAGCCAUAGAUUCUGUUACCGGUGCUUGCGAUCAGAGUUGGAGCACUACGGAGUAUGGAAUUGUGCGGAAGUCUCUGUUCCACCAGCAAGGAGUGACGACGCUCUAACUCAGCACGUGACACUCUGGGAGGCAAGUCAAGCAGCAAUGCAGAAAUCUAAACAAGAUCUUGAAGCCAUUGAGCAAGACAGCAUUCCAAAACUAACCGGGAACUGCGGUUUAGGAGAGCAAGAGUUUAGGGCUCUGAGAGAAGCUUGGAUGCUGAUCGUUCAGUGCAGGCUUGUCUUGAAAUGGAGCUAUGUGUUUGGUUAUUUCAUAAGCGAUUACCACAGCGCCAAGAAGCAGUACCUGGAUCACCUCAGAGAGGAAACUGACAGAGUUCUCGAUAACCACAAAUGGAGUCUAGAUGAGUUGAUGAGAGUAGCCAGCUCAGGUGAAGACAUGACCUGUUUCCAGCACUUCAAGCACAAGUUGGGAAUUACAACAACAGCAACUGGUAAUUACUUCCAUUUCUUUGUCAAGACUAUUGAAGAUGGUCUGUCUGAUGUGAAGGCUGAUGCUUAUGAGGAUACAACGACCGGUUACUGGUUCUGCGAUCGCUGCACUUUUCAGAACGAUUCGUUUGAUAGAAAGUGUAACGUGUGCCUCGCCCCUUUUGAGUCUCCUCCUCCCCAUGUGGCUUCUGGUAACAAGGAUACUGCAGUUGCUCAUCAUCAACAAGUCCCAAACAUGCCCAAUAAUCCAUUUGCUCACGUGGAGGAACCCAUACUUGAAACAUCGAUUAAGACUGAGUGAUGAGUGAGCGAAUAGUGGAUUUUUGGCUUAUUUUUAGCCUUGACUUUUGUUUGAAGACAUUUGUUCUUGGUGUUGGAACAUCUUUUAUCAUAUCAGAGUAUUAGAGCACUGUUGUUUUUUCUUUUCUUCAUUCUUUUGUUAAUUUUCUUCGUGUGUGCGUUUCCUUUUGUUACAUGAAAACGCAAACACAAGGAAACAAUGUAUCGAAUAUUGUUACUUUUUAGUUUUUUAGUAGGGAAUAAAAAGAUGUUGAAGAAGAAGACAGUGAUUUUGCAGCCAUACAUGUGUAACAUUUUAAAACUAAAAUAAUAAACUAAGGAAAAAAAAAUCCGGUGGAUGAGAAAAUUUAACGGUCUAAGUAUAUACGACACCGUGCAACAGUUG